AUGAAGGCUAAAGACAAAGAAAAGAUAGCCAUGGAAGUACAAAGCAUCCUACACAUGAAUAUUGGCGAUGGGGAAUCAAGCUAUGCAUGCAACUCGUUUCUUCAGGAAACAGCCAUGUGGAAAACACUUCCGAUUUUAAAGCAUACAAUCAAGUUUAUGGCUAAUAAUAGCGUAAUCUUCAGUACUCAGUGUUUCAAGAUAGCUGAUUUGCGAUGCUCCUCUAGCAUGAAUUCACUAUUGGUUGCAUCUACCAUUAUGGAUAUGGUCCACGACCUUUGUGAAGAAACUAAGCAUAAAUCACCGCAGUUUGAAGUGUGCUUAAAUGACCUGUUUGGAAAUGAUUUCAAUACCAUGUUCAAAAUGCUACCUGAAUUUUAUUCAAACCUUAAGAAGAAGAAGAAGAAGAAGCGAGAACAUUUUGGCCAUUGUUUUGUUUCAGCUACUCCUGGUUCAUUUUACAGUAGACUCUUUCCGAACAAAAGUUUGCACCUUUUUCACUCGUUUUACGCUCUUCAUUGGCUUUCUCAGGUACCUGAAGGCGUUGAAAACAACAUAUAUAAUAUAUACAUGUCCAAAUCAAGUCCACCGAAUGUGUUAGAAGCAUAUCAGAAGCAAUUUGAUAUAGAUUUUCGAAAGUUUUUACAAAUGCGUUCUGAGGAAUUAGUACAAGGUGGAUGCAUGGUGUUAACAAUCGUUGGCCGAAGUAUUUCUGAUCCAACCAGUGAUGACUGUUGCAUUAUCUGGGAGUUACUAGCCCAGUCACUUUACGACAUGCUCAAAGAGAUUAUACAAGUACGAAAGAUUUUGAUGCGUCUAGCCAUAUCCACGGGGAAAACGCAGCAAAAGCUCUUAGAGCUGUUAUGGAACCAUUGUUGA